GUUAUCAGUAACUGGCGCACUGGUGGCACGCACGGCAGCCGUUAUCAAACGACAAAACGCACUUCAAAAAAUCCUUUAUCUGCACUCUAGCUAUUAUUCAUAUUUCAUAAUUCACAUAUCUCUUUUAAUUUUUUUUUCUCAUCCCGACUACUUAUGUGCACGCUCGUGAUGGGCUGACAAGCUGAAGCCGACGUCCGUCCUAGUAGUCGACACCCACACCAACAACGCCUAUGACUAUCCGCUCUUCAACCCUGUUCCGACGCACGUUUUUCACCCUUGCCCUAACCCGUGGGGUUCUUUCUCGACUCUCCUUUCAAAAUGAAGUUCGCCGAACACCUGCAGGCGCACAUCACCCCGGAAUGGCGGAAGCAGUACAUCAACUACGAGGACAUGAAAGUAAUGUUGUACAAAGCAAUUGAAGAAGCGCCGUCAGCAGAGUCGACGGACCAAGAGAGUCUAUUCCGGAGAUUCACACAGUUCGAUGAACAUUUCUUACAGUAUUGCGAGAGAGAACUGGCAAAAAUCAAUGUCUUCUAUUCGGAAAAACUUGCGGAAGCUAUGCGCAAAUUUUCUACAUUGAAGAGCGAGUUGGAUUUACUUAGUUCUACGGCGAUCAAAAUGAAGGACUAUAGUAAAAAAAAUGACUCUAAUAAACCAAGUAUAGCACCGCGUAAGGUUCAAGAGCUUAAACUGGCAUUUAGCGAAUUCUAUCUUAGCUUGAUAUUAUUGCAAAACUAUCAGAAUUUAAAUUACACAGGGUUUAAAAAAAUCUUAAAAAAGCACGAUAAGUUGUUAAAUAAAGAAAGUGGUGCAAAGUGGCGCCAAGAACAAGUGGAGGUGUCUCAUUUUUAUUUGAACAAAGACAUAUUACGUUUAAUAAAUGAAACUGAACACACAGUGACUAAUGAUUUGGAAUACGGUGAUAGACAAAAAGCUAUGAAACGAUUGCGUGUUCCUCCGUUAGGCGAAACACAGAGCCCAUGGACAACGUUCAAAGUGGGCCUGUACUUGGGAUGCCUAAUUGUUUUGUUUGUAGCAAUUUUUAUCUCUGCCACUUUCGAAAACAAAACCAACUUGAAACAAGCAUUCCGUUUGUACCGAGGACCAUUCCUGUUGAUAGAGUUCCUUUUUCUGAUCGGCAUUAACGUUUAUGGAUGGCGUUCUUCCGGAGUGAACCACGUGUUGAUAUUUGAACUUGAUCCGAGGAAGCACGUCACAGAACAACACAUGUUCGAAAUAGCCGGCAUAUUGGGCGUGGUAUUCGCACUUAGCAUUCUUGGUUAUUUAUAUUCUGAAGCGUUGAGCAUACCUACAUACAUCAAUCCGUUAUCGCUGUUUGUUAUUUUCAUACUGCUGACCAUCAACCCGAUAAAAAUAUUUUACUUUGAAGCCAGAUUUUGGUUAUUACGCAUACUGUGGAGAAUGGUCUGUGCACCGUUUUACUAUGUUGGUUUUGCAGACUUUUGGCUUGCUGACCAAUUGAACAGUCUGGUGACGGUUCUUCUCGACGCUCACUACUUAGUUUGUUUUUAUAUGUACAACGACAACUGGUACCAGUCUUCGGAUGUAAAAUUCAAUAUCGAAGAAUACAUUAUAUCGAAACUAAUAGUCAAUUGUAUUCCUGCAUGGAUUCGAUUUGGUCAGUGCAUUCGACGUUACCGAGACACGGGAGAGUCGUUUCCUCAUUUGGCAAAUGCCGGAAAAUACUCGACUACAUUUUUCGUUGUAUUCGCUCGUGCCAUAUUGAAAAAAACCAAGAAUAACUAUGAUGAUAACUACGACAAUCCGUUCUUCUACUUUUGGAUCUUGUGUUCCGUGAUCAGUUCUAUCUAUACAUACACUUGGGACGUAAAAAUGGACUGGGGUCUGUUUAAUAAACAUUCCGGUGAUUAUUUAUUCUUGCGAGAAGAAAUAGUUUAUGAUAAUACAGGUUAUUAUUAUUUUGCAAUCAUCGAAGAUUUAUUAAUCAGAUUCGUGUGGAUACCGCAAUAUUUACUCACCAGUUACGGUAUUUUGAGCACAGAAAUGGCGAACUCUUUGACUUCGCCUCUAGAAGUAUUCAGGAGGUUCGUAUGGAAUUUUUUCCGUUUGGAAAAUGAACAUCUGAACAACUGCGGUAAAUUUCGAGCCGUCAGAGACAUAUCGAUCGCUCCGAUAGACUUUUCAGAUUCCGCUCAAAUCGUUCGGUUGAUGGACGACGAAAUGGGCAUAAUGAACAGGCGUAAGCGUAAAAGUAUAUCGUCCAAGAAGCCGCCCAAAGAGGAUAAACUCCAGUUGUUUGUUCCUAAUCACGCUUCGUAUACCCUAGAUUUGUCCGAGUAGUUUAAACGGCGUAUAUACUCGUGCAUAUUUUAAACCUAUCAGCCUAAUCAAUUUUAGGCACAGGAAACCAUUUUACCUAAAAUCGAAUGGGGGAAAAAGAAAAAGAAAGUUUGUUUUACAAAGAAUUUUGUUUCUUUGUAUCUGUUUUUUAAAAAAAAAUUUUCUCUUUUUCGAAAGCUCAAGUAUAUUAGACAACAUUGUAUCAAUGUACCCGUUGCAACAUUAUCGAAUUUAAGUUACAUAUUAACAUGUGUAUAUUUUUAGAAAUUUAGUUUUCUAAUAAACGAAAUUAACUUAGUCUGAUUUUAACUUGAUGAGGGUAUUGAACAUUUUGUAUACAACGUAUUGUUACAUAUUGUGAUCUCUGGCUUAUUGUUAUUAUAGUACUUAUUAAAAUUUUAAAUUAAACUUUGUUUAAUUUAUAGUAUAACUUUAUUUAGUUGAAAAAAUAUAUGCAAAUAUUUUAAUUUUCAAUGAGAGAUUAAAAAAAAACAAAAUUAUUGUGAUUUAAAGGAACAUUAUUUAGUCAUCGAUACAAACAUGAC